AUGGGCGAAUGCUGUCUACGGGGCUUCCGAUGGGACGCACAGCCUAAAGGCAAGGACACCACACUUGCCGGGAGGCACUGCUAUGUGACAGGAUCCGAAUCUCAGCACCAGAUUGGCAUCAUGAUUAUUCACGACGUCUUUGGCUGGACCUUUACGAAUACUCGUGUGCUGGCCGAUCAUUAUGCCGAAGAAAUCGGUGCGACAGUCUAUGUGCCAGAUUUCUUUGGCGGUGACGUUCUACCAGCCGAUGUAAUUUUGGCCGGUCCUGAGCAUUGGGGCGUCCUUGACUUCCCGACCUUCUUCGGCAGCAAAAAUGCAAAGCACGUCAGAGGCCCGGAAAUGGUGGAGUGUGCCAAACUCCUGCGAGCCAGGUACAAACGCCUAGGAGCUGUGGGGUACUGUUUCGGUGGCUGGGGUGUCUUUCAACUCGGGUCGACGGCAAACAACGGGUUGGUCGACUGUAUCUCAACAGCCCAUCCAAGCUUCUUGGUCGAGGAGGAAAUCCGAGGUCUAGGCGUACCCGUCCAAAUAUGCGCGCCUGAAAAUGACGCGAUGUUCCUCGACGACUUAAAAGCCCUCUGCAAUCAGGUCAUUCCGACCCUCGGCAUCCCUUAUGACUAUCAGCAUUUCCCCGGUCUUGACCACGGCUUUGCCAUCCGUGGAGAUCUUGGUGCCGCCAGUGGCUCCAUGAGCGUUGAGUUGGAAUUGUUUCGUUAA